CUUAGUCCAGGCCCCAGGGGAAUCGCGUGCAUCACCAUGGCCGAAUCCUCGCAGGCACUGGAAGGCCUUACCGAUGAGGCUGCCCAGAGUUUCUGCUCCGACCCAGACCCCAGCACCAAGGAUUUCCUGUUACAACAAACAAUGUUAAGAGUAAAGGAUCCCAAAAAGUCGCUUGAUUUCUACACAAGGGUUCUUGGAAUGACACUACUCCAAAAGUAUGAUUUUCCCACUAUGAAGUUUUCACUCUACUUCUUGGCUUUUGAGGACAAAAAUGACAUCCCAAAAGAUAAAGAUGAAAGAACAGCUUGGACUUUUUCCAGGAAAGCUACACUUGAGUUAACGCAUAACUGGGGCACUGAAAAUGAUGAGAACCAAGCUUACCAUAAUGGCAAUUCAGACCCUCGGGGAUUUGGACACAUAGGAAUUGCUGUUCCUGAUGUACAAGGUGCUUGUAAAAGAUUUGAAGAAUUAGGAGUAAAAUUUGUGAAGAAACCUGAUGAAGGCAAAAUGAAAGGACUGGCAUUUAUUCAAGAUCCUGAUGGCUACUGGAUUGAAAUUCUGAAUCCUAAUUAUAUGAAAACCCUCACUUAGAAAAAUGCAGUUUGGAGAUUUUUUUAGAAGACAUUUUGAAAAUAAGGAACAAUGUGAUUCAAGGUUGCUAGACUAAAGGAAGAAUGCAGUAUUUUAGUUCUCUCUCCACUUGAAAUUUAUUCUUUAGUUCUAUUCAUGACCCACUUUUGGCUAUAUUUUACAUUUACUGUUCAUGUUUCAAAGCAUUGUGUGUCUUCCCGCUAGUUGAAGUACUAUAGUUCCAGCUCUGUCCUUGAAUGUAGUCUUGCAUCUUUGCCUUUUAUGUAAUAAUUAGUGCAAUUCCUCCUCAGAGGUUGAUUUUGAAUUAGCCUUUUAAGCUUCCUGAGCAUCACUUCUCUUUGCCUUUUAACUUUUGUUUAACCAUCAUUUUCAAAAAAACGACUUAAUGAGAUUGUUUGGUGAUGUCUUCUGAGAUUUAAAUGCCCUAGAAAUAACUUCACAAUAGAAAGUAAGGGAAGGUACACACUUUGAAAUUUAAUGUGAACUUCAAAUGGAAAAAUUGGAGAACUUAGUAUCAAGUAUUUAUUGUAUUUAAGUAGAUGCCCUGAGAUGCUAAUUUUAAAAUUUCAUCAGGUUGAUAAGGAUGCUAGAGUAUGACAAAAUAUUUUUAAAGUAGUUAUAGAAGCUUUUUGAGAUAAGUGGACACUUCAUUCCACUUAAGAUAUUUUCAUGUAAUCAAGACCUCAUUGAUCAAUUUUUUUAAAACUCUACUUUUGAGAUCAUGCAUCUGAAAUUAGAACCUUAAAAUACUUCCUGAUAAGUCUUCUACAUAGAAAGGUACCAUUAGGCAAAGUGAAAUUUUUUUCAUCAGCUCAUGGUCAGAUUCCUCCUGAAAAACUUCAAACUUCCUUCACCAUGGCUUGUCUUCAGGCAACAGACAUAAUCUGCCAAGUAGACUCAUAUUUAAUGUCUUUUCCUCUUGGCAUAGGAACUACCUAAGCUUAUGUUCUGCUGGUAUAGACUUCAGGAAGCCAGAGUUGCCUCCACACCAAAAUAAAGAAUUAGAAUAAAAGAUUACUUAUGUCAUACUAGUUGUAAAUCACAUUCAAUGAUCACUCAACACAGAAUUAACACAGGAACUGCUAUUCAGCAAAUGCCUCUGCUAAAUGUACUUCCCUAUCAAACUGAUACCCAUUUGAUCUAUUUUUAUAAUAUAGCUAGUCUUGAUACUCAUUAUGGUCCUAUAUUACAAAAUCUAAUUUCAUUUGGCAAUAUUUGUACAAUAUAAUUGAUGGUGGCAGCUGGGUAGUUCAAUGAGUGGAUUGAGAGCCAGACCUAGAGAUGGAGGUCCUAGGUUCAAAUUUGGCU